GGGAGUUUACAUUUUCAUUCUACUUUUGGGGAGCGUGUGUGGAUACUGGUUCGAGCCGGGAUAUAUCCACCAUUAUACGUAUUCCUCGACCACGGACACACUAGGAAUGUACAAUGUCACGACUGUCAUCAAGUUUCGGAUACGAGAUGUCAAUCGCACAGAAACUGGAGUUUCUCUUUAUCAACUUCACGUUGACAGCAUCACAAUGAGAACUAUGGAUGGAUUUUUUGCAGAUAAUCCUAAGAAGUGGAAUCUCAGCAAAAGUUUCCUAUUUGAACUGGAGCCAUCUGGAGUAAUACAGUUUGUGCAUAUCCAUCCAGAAGAUUCGUAUGAACUGACAACAAUGAAGAAAGCCAUAGUUGGGACAAUGUCAGCCGAAUUUAGGAAAUCGGAUGAUGACGCGUGGUCAUAUGAAGCAGUGGAGAGAGAGCAUGGAGGUCACAUUCAACAUAAGUAUACUGCAAUCCGCUCACCGACAGGAACCGUGCUUCACAAGAUCCACCAAAGUUCAGAUGAUCUACUGAGAUAUCAUAAAAGGACACUGCACUAUGACGCAAAUGGCCUCGUGCAUUUCAUACAUGGGAUUGACAAUGUAACAACUCAUAAUGACAAAGAUGAAACGCCGUAUAGAAACCCCACGCUAUCAGAAAAAGAGCCUAGUCAGGAAUUCAGUGGUGAUUUUCCUGCAAUAAGAGCUUUUGCCGAAACCAACAUUCAUCUAACGAACAAAUGGAAAUAUGACGCUAAAGAUUUUGAUACACUACACGAGGGACUACACAGAGAAGGCAGUGCCAUAAAACCGAAACCUGAAAACAGACAAAAUCUAUCAUCUAUUCAACAUGAAAUAGAGAAGUUAAAACUAUGUGUUUUAAGGUAUAAGGAGAGAACCCAUCCAAAUCGCACAGAAUGUCUACUGUAUCUUCGACACAAUUUGACACAUUUGGUAACAGAUGACUUCGAGAGAUUUUUCACAAACGCCCUCUUACGUCAAUGUGCGGAGAAAGACACUGUAUGUGAGGAAGAAAGAGAUGUGAUGAUAGGAAUACUGGCAUAUUCUAACAGAGAAGAAACCCAGAACUUAAUGGAGACUCUGAUUUUUAAAAAUAAUAUUACAUCAACCAAAGAACUUAGGCGGUGUCUUAUUCAUUGUGCCCAUCUCAAUAAUCCAAAACAGAGCCUGGUUAAGAUCAUUGAAGAUUUGUGCUUUAGUGCAUGGAAUCAGGAACAAAAUGAGCCGACUCGCUCUCUGUCUGAAAUCCAGAAAGGGGCAUGCCUUACCAUUGGAGCACUUGCAAAAACUCUUCGUGAAGAGGGGAGAGAACAAGAAACAGCGAGAAUCACAACGAAGUUAGGAAGCUGGCUGAAGUUCCACAAUGAAAGUAAUAUCUAACCGACACUAAAUAACAUCAUUUAAAUUCGCUCAAAGCGACAUAACAUAACCGUAAUACUAUGUUACAUGUAUAAUGUGUUCCUUGCUUAUUUAAAUAUAUCUUUUCUCAGAAUUGUUAAUCACACGCACAUGUAUAUGU